AUGUCCAAUCAUCCAACAGCAAUCCCACAGGGCUCAUGGGUUCUUGUAACAGCCGCCAAUGGUCACACUGGGAGUCACAUUGUCUUCGAGCUAUUGAAGAGAGACUUCAAGGUCCGCGGCACUGUUCGGGACUUGGAAUCAAGCCAGUGGCUACUAAAGGAUGGCUUUGUUUCCAAGUACGCCGAACGCGGCAAUUUCGAGCUUGUAGUUGCUGAUACGACCAAGCCCGAUGACUUCGACAGAGCCGUACAGGGUGUCUCGGCCGUCAUCCACGUUGCAGUCAUUGGGGACGUGGUCCCUGAUCCCAAUGUUGCUAUCCCAGCAACUAUAGAAUCGGCCUUGUCUGUUUGUCGAUCAGCAGCAAAGGAGCCUUCUGUGAAGCGGUUUGUCUUCACCUCAACCUUUUGGGCUGCUACCUUUCCAGUUCCUGGUGUUAGUGAUACCAUCACGAACCUUGGCACUUGGAACGAUGCUGCGAUUCAAGCUGCUUGGGCCCCUCCUCCAUAUGAACCGGAUCGAGUUCUGCCGGUGUAUUUCGCAGCUAAAGCUGAGGCAGAAAAGGCAGUCUGGAAGUUUGUCAAAGAUGAGAAACUCCCCUGGGCAGUCAACUCGGUCAGCCCUUGUGUUAUCCUUGGCGACCUUCGAGAUGAUAAACAUCUACGGUCCGUACCGCCCCAGCUGAUUGAACAGCUGUAUUUGGGCAAUCUUGAAAAGCUGCAAACUCCUGCUAUGUAUUACAGCCACGUCACCGAUGUUGCGAUUAUCCAUGUCGCUGCGGCAAUUGACCCCGAAGUACAAGGUCAACGCAUCCAAGUGCUCGCAGCAUCAUUUACAUGGAACGACUGUCUCGAUAUCCUACGGAGGGCCUAUCCAAAUAUGAAAUUCGUUGACAAUUUCAUUUCUGGUGACCCGAAGCUGGUAUACAAUAUUGAGAACAAUAUCGCUCCUGGUCUGUUACAGAAGUGGGCAGGGCGCGAUUGGAUCAGUUUGGAGACGAGUAUCAAAGAAGUGAACCCUACUACAGACACAGAAAACCGAUCAGUUGCCCAGAGCCAAAUGACGCUAGUUAGAAGAAGAGGCCGCGGCAGAUUACCAAAAGGCCAAAAAGGCAGUGAAAACCCAAGCUCUCGGCCAGGAACACUACAAUUCAUCAACUCCGCUCAUCCAGACGAAAUAACGAAUACCAAUAGUAUCAGGUUGAUAAGAUCACAUGCAGCAAAGCUUUCACGUGCUCUUCAGAAAGAGAGAAAGCAAGAUGAAGCUCUUCUCGAGGAAGGCAACGCUGAGAAUGUUCAAGCGGAGGCAGAGUUGAGAUCGAUGAUCCACCCAGCAAGUAAUACACAAUACCGAAGGAUCAUGCCUAAAAUACAGCCACUUGAGCAAACAGGAGAUCACCCACCGAGUCCAAUCCAGUUGAUUGGAGGUGCUCGCAGUGACGCAUGCACAGGAUUUGCAAGACCACUCUCAGAUGAUGAACACUAUCUCUUUGACUUCUACCUAAACUAUGUCAUUUCUUACGGAUACACAGCAUGCUAUGCUCAAGACGAUGAGCAAAACUUUAAUUACCUAAUGAGGCACAUUUGGGUACCCAAUGCAAUGUCUACACUCAGCCUGAUGACCGCUAUCUUCCAUGUGGCGUGCCGGAACUAUGUCACCGCCACAAAUAACAGUCUAUCCAGCAAAUUUGGUGUCAAAAAGCUUCAAUACCGGCUUAUGUGCAUUCAAAUGGCUAAGGAUGCCAUCGAGUCGGAGGCUGUCGCUACAGAUACAACAAUUGCAUUGGCUAUGCUUCUGGCCUCUGAAGCAUUUCUUGAAGGAGAUAUGAAUGCAUACUGGAGUCACGGCGCUGGCGUUAUGAAAAUGGUGCGAGCGAGAGGAGGCUCAAGGUCGGCGGUCAGCUCACGGGUUGAGAGACUAGACAGAUUGUAA